UGCGCAUUUCUACUUGAGGGGCUAAUUUUCCAAGCAGAAGAAUUUGUUGAAGAAGGGGAGUAAAAUUGUUUGCAACUCUUUGCUCCUGAUGGUUGCACCAUGUCGAGGCGCAAGCAAGCCAAACCGCAGCACAUCAACUCCGACGAGCCCGGUUCGCUUGAAAAUGGGAUUCUUCGAGAUGAACAGGCUGAGGAGACUGGAAACGAAGUGAAGAGGUUCAGAUUGGAUGAGACCAGAGUCUGCAACAAGUGUUGUGCUGAAUUCUUUGACGAAGCAGAAUUUCUUGAGCAUGAGAAAAAUUGCACUAAAAGUCAGCAAGUGGUCAUCAUGAGAGAUGGAGAUGGCAAAGAAGUGCCUGAGGAAUAUUCACAAGAUUCUCCUGAAGGCCCCACCAGUGACCAUGACGAUAGCCAGUCCAGCAGUCAUUCCCUAUCGAUUGUUAACACAGACCAUCUGGAAAGAACAGAGGAGGAGUCGAGCAUGAAUGCAGAGGACUCAGGACAGCAGGAUCAUGCAGAGAUGUCUGCUAGCCCUGACAUGACUUUCCACCCCUCACCCAAAAUGCAAGAUUCAAAUGUCACUCUUGAAACCAUGGCAGACACUAAAGUUGCUGUCUCCCAGCAUUCUUCAAAUAAUACAUCUCUGACCUCGUCACAGGAUGCCCUGCAGGUCAUCCCGAUGAUCUUGGAACAGUUAGUGUGCCUCCAGCAACAGCAGCUACAGCAAAUCCAGCUCACAGAGCAGAUUCGAAUCCAAGUAGCUAUGAUGACUCCACAGGGUCUCCAGUCAUCAGUCGGGGCAGCAAUGGACCCUCUGAAAGCCCUUGGUGCACAUCUCUCUCAACAGCUGUCUGCUGCAGCAGCUCUGAUAGGAAAAAGGACUGGCACUCAGAGCCUUUCUAUGGAGACAAUGAAGCAAGGUAAACUACCUCUGCCCACUAGCAUCCCUACCUCUCUAGCUGGAGGACUGGGUUCAGUGACUUCUAAAACAGACAUUUUGAAGGGCAUUCCAGAUCUGGCCAGCCGUUUACCAGCACUACUGCCCCAGUCACCAGGUGUCAUGGGUUUCCCUAGCUCCUUCAAUGGGAUCCAAGCAGGACUGGAGUCCUCCAAAAAGGUGAAGACAAAGAUGCUGAACCUCCCGCCAGAAUCAAAGAAUGGGGACUCAUUGUACAAACACAAGUGUAAGUACUGUGGAAAGACCUUUGGCAACGACAGUGCUCUCCAGAUCCACUUGCGUUCUCACACUGGUGAGAGGCCCUUCAAGUGUAACAUUUGUGGAAACCGCUUCACAACCAAAGGAAACCUCAAAGUGCAUUUCCAGCGGCAUAAAGACAAGUAUCCGAACAUUAGCAUGAACCCUCAUCCUGUGCCAGAACAUCUUGAUAAUAUUCCCACCAGCAGUGGCAUUCCCUUUGGCAUGUCUUUGCCUAUUGAAGAGUCAAACCUGACUGAAAUAAAGCCUAUGCUUGGCCAUCCUGCUGCUGGGUUCCACCCGUCGUCCAUACCAGGAUUCAAGACGACAUUUGAAAGCUUUGGAGGGGACCCAUUUUCCCAGAGACCCUCCCCAUCAGCGAGUGAUGGCUCUCCAUCUGUUUCCUCUGUGUUUGGCCAAGAGGGUGGACUGGAUCAGAAUCAGAAGGAUGCUAAAGAAUUGCUCGGAGCACUGCAUCAUAUGAAUGGGAAUGCACUCCCGGGAGAACAAAGCUCUGGAACAGCAAAACUUCAGCAAAUGGUGGAUGGCCUGGAAAAGAGGACCAAUGACCCCAACGAGUGUGUAAUCUGCCAUAGGGUGCUCAGUUGCCAGAGCUCACUCAAGAUGCAUUACCGUACACACACCGGUGAGAGGCCCUACAAGUGCAAAAUCUGUGGCCGUGCAUUCUCCACCAAGGGUAACCUCAAGGCCCAUUAUGGAGUGCACAGGGCCAACACUCCUCUCAAGAUGCAGCACUCGUGUCCUAUCUGCCAGAAGAAGUUCACCAACGCUGUGGUUCUGCAGCAGCACAUUCGUAUGCACAUGGGUGGGCAGAUCCCCAACACCCCGAUGCCAGAAAACCAGUUUGAAGCAGCAGAAACAAUGGAGCCAUCUCUACCAGAGGAGAAGCCCAUGGAUACCAAUGGUUUUGAAGCGAGCAUGGAGGAGCAUGAGCCUGAGCUGAACUCCCAGAAGCCAAAUGAUACCUCAGAUUCCCUCCCAUCUGCCUCUGACGAACAACCACAGAACCAUGCUGCCCCUGUAGCAUUUUCCAGCCUAGAUGUCUUGAAGAACCUCACCUCUGCUCUUGCACUGAAACGACAGAGUAGCACUGCCUCAGAGAGCGAGGGAACCUCCAAAGAAUCCCCAUCAGCUCCAAGAGAGCAGGAUUAUCAGAAUGGCCGCAGUCCUGCCAUUUCUGACUCGGCCAUGUCUUUUCAUUCAUCUUCCCCAGUGAACAUGAGCAGUAGCAAGUCUCCUGAAUCUGCUGCUGAUGAAUUUGCCUAUAGUGGGUCAAAACCAGAAUCUGAUGGUGGCACUCAGGAGGGCACUGAGUCAAGUGGAGCCCUUGACCUCACGGCUUCCAGCAGCUUUACCCCCAAAGCCAUUAAAGAAGAACCUGGCAUGCCAUUCACAAAUGGAGACUAUGUUCCUAGUAACAUGCCUUUCAUGAGGAUACCAACAAGUCUGGCCAGUUUAGAGAUGAAGAUCCCCCCAGAGAAUCCUCUGGGCCCUCAUGGUUUGUUCAGCUCCCAUAUGCCUCAGGGAACGGCCAUGUCCUCUCCCAUCUCCACUGCACCUCGACGAUCAACCAAACAGCACAUAUGUAAUGUCUGUGGCAAGAACUUCUCAUCUGCCAGCGCCUUGCAGAUCCAUGAGCGCACUCAUACAGGGGAGAAGCCUUUUGCCUGCAACAUCUGUGGCAGGGCUUUCACCACCAAGGGAAAUCUAAAGGUGCAUAUUGGCACUCACAUGUGGAACAACUCAUCACGGCGUGGUCAGCGCCUGUCUCUGGAUAAUCCGAUGGCACUGAUGGCAAUGAGCGCCGAGGCUAAGAUGUUGCCAGAAAUUAUGCAGGCGCCCAAAGAAGUGGGUGCUCCACCAAUGAAUUUUGACCCAUCUCUGUGGAACCAGUACGCUGCUGCUGCCUUCAGUGGUGGCCUGACCAUGAAGACCAAUGAAAUUUCUGUCAUCCAGGGUGGCGGCAUCCCACUUCCUGGGAGCCCUGCUGGUGGGCCUCUGAUUGGAUCCACUGGAGGCCUCAUGAAGAUGGAUGGCUCCCACUCUGGCUUGCCUGCCACGGUGGCUGAAAUAGAGAAGAACAGCUCAGACAGUGUGCCAAAAUCACAGUUCCCACAUUUCAUGGAGGAGGGUAAAAUUGCAGUCAAUUAGGCUUUUUAGCCAUCUGCCGGCUUAUCACCUGAACUCGGUUUAUGAAUGUCUCCAUUUUGAAUGAGGUACAAUCAAUAUUCAGAGAAAACCCUGUAGAAUUCUUCUUAGAUAGGUUAAAAAUUUUCCUCAGUAACUUCAUUGCAGCUCUCUCUCUCCUGAUCUGAACGAUUCAAGUGUUAUUUUUAGUUGAACUUGAUAUAACUACUGUAGUUGUAUUUUGUUUUAUAUAAAUAUAUAUGCGGGUAUUUUUUUUUUUUUCCUGUGACUUUUUCUUUUUGUUUUGGUGUCUAUCCAGAAGUUUGAAUGUAUAACUUACUUGAAACUGCUUUAAUUCAGACUGUCUCCUUGAUACUGAAGGAUUUUGACUUUAAUAGGAAAAGGGUAUGAUGAUUUCAGGGCCUGACACAAUGUCUGUGUUCUGAAAUAAUAGUGCAGUUAACCGUAUGUGACUAUGAUGACUACUUUCCCUCCUAUUGUGUGCCAUAGGUUUUAUGACAUUGUACAUUUUCGUAGUGGUAAAUGUCAUUAUCAUGUCUCAUUUUGAAGGGGCCUUUGAUCAGACUGACAGAUUACUCCUGUGGCUUGUCUGUUAAAGCAAGUUGCAACAGUUGAGUCAUCGGUUUUGGACAAUGCAGAUUAUAAACCAGGCUUUCGUGUUCGUUGCAAGAUACAGUAGUUAAUGACUCAAACCUUCCAAGUGCCUAAUCUAAACUGUACCUGUUGCUGUUGUCUUUCACUGCACCAUUAGGUUGUUAUGAAGGGUCUGUCAGACUGAUAAAUUAGUGUGUUGUACAGUGUAGCAUGGCAUAGAUUUCAUAUUUUCAGUUUACAGAAGUCAAUUUUUCGACCUACAUAUUCCGCUUGUAAAUCUGCAGAGUCAAGUUUAGUUGGCUGAGCUCUGAAGGCUAUUUAUAUGCUUAAUGUUCUCAUGCCUGCACUUUAUUUCAGGUGUUAGUUAGGUUUACUUUUUAAUAGGUGCAUUUCAGUUUCACUGCUUUUAUUGUGAUGGCUUGGGAAAGAAAAACGGGGAAAGGGACAAAUCAGCAAUUUUGUCUGCUUUUCCUUCCUGUCAGAUUUUGUUUGAAACAACCAUUUAGAUUGACUGUCAGACUUAUCAACUUGUAGCAUCGUUUAUUUAUUUAUAAUACACAAAAUGCUUGAGUUUAGGGGUUAAGUUCUACCUCGUUUUAGAUUUUAGUUGUCCUCUGUGCCCCCUACUCUCAAUGUAAUGCUCUGUAUAUUUUCCGAUACAUUCGUGAGCAUGCGAUAAGACUUGUCAUUCUCAACCUGCUGAGUUGAAUAGUAAUGAAUGUAUCACUGGACACUUUACACAACUCAGAACGGUCAGAGUACUUUGUAGGCCCCUGCUGUACAUUCCUUAUCGAUAUGCAUUUGCCAGAUUGUGCCUUUCUUUAGCAAACCAUGUCAAAACUGCUUUCAAGUUGUCUCUACAAUUCAAUUAAUGUUGAGCCAAUUUGGCCUGUUUACAAUGUAAAUGUUUUUUUCUUUUGUUUUUCAAAUGUUUCCUUCACCUAAA